AUGACUAUCACCUCAGACGCCAGCGCUCCUCUAGUUGUCGUCGGCGGCUCUACCGGCCAGCAAGGUGGCAGUGUCAUUCGCGCUCUCCAGGAAUCAGACAAGGCCUACCGGAUCCGUGGUCUCACCUGUGAUAUCUCUAAGCCUUCUGCGAAGGCAUUCGCUGAGCAGGGAGUCGAGAUGCUCUCUGUCAAUCUUGUGGUCGAGAACAAGGCUCAGGUGGUCGAAGCAUACGAGGGUGCCACUAUUGUGUUUGCUAUGACUAACUUCUGGGAACACCUUGAUAAGGAAAAGGAGCUUGCAGAAGGCAAGAUGUUCAUCGACGCGGCGCUCGAGGCCAAAAUCCCACUCUUCAUCUUCUCCUCGCUCGGUAGCAUUGCAGAACAUUCGGGCGGCAAGUACAAGAAGGUGCACCACUUCGAGAGCAAGGCGCAGAUUGCCAGUUAUGGUCACUCAAAGGCAUCCCCCAGCUUUACAUUUGUGGUUGUCCAAGCUGGGUUCUACUACACCAACCUCACCGGCAACCAGAUCAUCAGGCCGCAGGGCGACGGUACUUGGGCCGCUGCUCUUCCCUGCAAAUCCGACGCCCUGGUACCAGGCAUCGAUAUAGACGAAUUUGGCCUCUGGGUUCGGGCUGUUAUCGAGCAUGAGGAGCUUCGAGAUGGCCGCGAACUUUUGACAUGCUGUAGUCAGGAGAUGUCAAUUGGCGAAAUGGUCGAUGAGAUCGCGAAGUCCAUUUGCAUUCCAGCCCGUUUCAUCACUAUUGUCAAUAACGAUGAGUUUCGUAAGGCCAUGCCUGAAGGGACCCCGGAGCAUGUCAAAGACGCCUUGGUAGAAUGCUGGAACGCAUUGUCAGAGAUUGGCUUAAACUACAACCGUGAGGACGUCACUCGCCUCCUGCCUUACCUCAGCCGCAAGACGACAAUGUUUGCAGACUGGGUCAAGAAGAAGGACAUGCCAGAGUAUGGGAAGAGAGGAUUGACGUCCUAG